AUGGAUGAGCGAGUGGAAGCCGUUGUGAAGUUGUUGGAUGUGGACUCAGAAGGCGUGCGCUUGUACUACUCCAUGGAAUGGGCGGAAUCGGAAUCUUCGAGCAGCUUUGGCUUUGUAGCCUUACAGAAACAAAUAUUAUCUAACAUGUUUGGUUCGGGCUUUCACAAUGGAAUCGAUGAUGGUGAUGGGGUCAAACUGAUUGCACAGCGACUUUCCAACAGGAAAGUCUUCAUGGUGCUCGACGACGUGAAUGAUGAGGAACAACUUGAGAAACUAGCUAUCAAGCACGUUUCCUUUGGCUCAGGAAGCAGAAUCAUUAUGACAACUAGGAACAGAAGCAUCUUAGAAGCCGAUUACACUUUUGAGUACCAAGUGAAUCCGUUGGAUCACGUUCAAUCGCUCAAGCUUUUCAGUAGACAUUCUUUCGGAAGAAUUGCUCCUCCAGACGAUUAUGUCAGUCUUUCGAGAGAAGUGGUUUAUACAACCGCAGGACUUCCCUUGGCUCUUGAAGUCAUAGGCUCAUUACUUUGUCACCAAAACAAAGCUUUUGGAUGGAUGUUCUGGAGGAUCUGA